AUGACAGACUACGUCACGGCGGAUGCAUCCUCGUCGUCCGCUUCCAUGCCACCGGAGACGAUAACAACAGCAGCGGUGACAACAACAGAUGCGACCAGCAAGGAGGAAGCGAGUUCGGUUGAGCCAGCGACCAAGGCACCCAAGAUGAAGUCCCAAUUAUCCGCCCGGUCGAGCACAGACGGGAAAGACCGCGGGGGAGGUGAAGUGGACACCCGUCCUUCUUCCGCCGAUGUCGAUGACCGUCGGAGUAGCAAUGGCAGGGGGUUAUCACGGGGGAAUGGCGGCGGGAAUGCCAGUCAAACUAGCAGUGUAUCCGGACAUAAUGGGAAUCCCGCUACUACUGGGGGUGGAGGAGCGCAGAGUGGAGGAACCACGGUUAGGAAACAGCCGACUUCUUUCUUCUCCGGGAGUAAGAUCAAGCAUCUGAAGAAGUCGGAUGGCGUCCCGCUUUGGCGGAAGGAUAUACAGUACGAGUUCUUGCAGGCGAUAUUCACGGAUGAUAAGCCGGUUUUUACGAACUCGUAUGAUCGACGGGCUAAUCUGACGUUCGCGGAUGUCUAUAUCGAUGCGAUGGCGCGGAGUAGCAAGACUAGUAAGAUUUUGAGGGACAAGCUUACGAGUGAGAGACCUAAUGCGCUGAAUAUGGCUAUGGUUUGCUUGUUGGUUAAUGUCGGGAGGAUGAAUACUACGUUGAAUUGUGAGUGUAACUGCAUUCCCGUCGGAGGGGUAGACAAACUAUUUCUCUUUCUAGCUGGGAUCCUGUUUGCUAACUUUUUUUCUCUUUUUUUUUCUCUCUCCAUGCAGUCUUCCCUGAAAUGAAAGCUCAGCUCAGGACGUACCACUCCAUCCCCUCGUUGCAAUCGUAUACGGAUACACACGCCUACAAGCAGCUCCAGGACGCUCCCCGCCUCAAGUCUAUCCUUAAGGGUGCUUGCGAGGAUCGCAAGGAGCCGAUGACCUUGGACCAGCUCACGACACUCCCGGUUCCGCGUACAAACCCUAUAAACCUGGUUUUCCUACUCUCGACCUAUGCCCCCAAGAUCUCGGAGCUCCAUUUCCCCGAGUCGCGGGAUUUCUACGACCUGGUUAUGAGGAGCACUCUUUCCAGCAAGAGCAGGGCUAAGGCCUUCCUCUGGUUGAUGUGGUGGUAUCUCGAGGGUGACUUCGACACCGAAUCGGCGAUGAAAAACCCCUUCGGCCAAGGCCAGGAGGCGAAGGACGGGGGGGUGCCUUGCAGAGUGCCUCAAUUUGAGCACUUGACGGAGGAGCAAGCUGCCAGGGAGAACGUCGACGCCGACGGAGAAAUCGAGUUUGGUGAGAGGAUGCGACGCGAGCGAAAGAGUAAGUUGCCUUUGUUAAAAAAAAAAAAAAAAUCCGAACUUUAUAGCCAAACAACAAAGAAAGAGGGGUUGAGUGACUUGUUCGUCUGCUAAAGGGAUAAACGCAGAGCUGCUGGAGAACAAUGACAACGCUCCCGUGCCCUCUACGGGGAAGAAGGGGAAGAAACGUGAGUUAUACCCGCAACUCCAGUUUCUAGUCGCAUUGCCGGCGGUCCCUCAACACGUCUGACAUCCGUGAUAGAAAUUGCGCCGUCUCCCGAAGACGACGAGCAAUCAGCAACUGGAGGUUCGCCACCCAUAAAAACGCCUACAUCAGGAAGAGGAAACGGGCCACGUAUGUUGGCCGCAUUUCCGCACUCCUAAAUGACCUUGGCAUGGAGGUUUUUGCUCAUUUUUAUAGGUUCUGUGCGGAACCCGACUCGUAAGAAACGGGACUAUUCAAAUCUUGCGGAAUUUCAAUACGAAUACGACUCUGAGAACGGGACUCGCCAGGGUUCUCCCGACGGGUCAAUGACUCCCGGCGGGAAUUGUAUGUUUGUGGCUAUUCUUUGGAUAUGUUGGGUUUUGUACUGACUGAUAUAGCAAACAAACAAACAGCGCUCGAAGCGCCAACCAGAGGCCGUGGUGGACGCCCCAAGGGCUCUGGCAAACGCGGAGCAGAUGGAGAAGUCAAGAGCUCUACUCCUCGCAUUACUCUCAGAAUGGGAUCAAAGGCCUCCCUCGAUGCAUCAGGACAUAGUCUCACUGCAGCCCGGUCAAUAGCUCCAUCUACAGGCCCGCUGGACCGUGGAACUCCGCCCGGCAUAGAGAGGGGAUACCGCUCUCGACCACUGACCUCUCACCAGCUUGCGGUACAACAAAACCGUAAAGACAGGGCAGAUUACCAUAUCAACCGUAAGCUCAAGCGUCUCGACCGCAAAUCUCGCAAGGCCCGCCUCCGGGAGGGCGCCAUCUCCCGCUGCUGGCGCAGGAUAGAGCACAUGGAAGACCCGUUUGCGAAGUCCGACGACGAACACGAGAUUCACCCUGUAAAGCCAAUCAUACGCUCAACCCCGGCCGUCGCCGCCCCUACCAUAGCUACCGCCGAAACCGACGAUGCAGGGAACGUCACUGCCACUGCUACUGGCGCUGAAAGUAACAACAAAUCUACGGACCCUAAAGACCCCACCGUGGUAGCAAACUCGGCAACUGACUCCCCGGUUGAGCUAAUGGAUGUGGACACCGAUCUCCCACCCGUCAAGAAGAUCAAAACCGAGCAUGUUGGCGGGCAUCACUCUUUAAAACGCUACGGGAAUGGAACCACGUAUCGUGGGAUCGCGGGGCUUGCACCGACAGAUGCGGAAGAGGACGACCACGGCGAAGAGGCUCUAGCGCUUGCGGCGGCGAUCAGAAGGUCGAAGAGGCGCUUGGAACGAUGGGAAGAGGAGGACGCUAGGCGGGAACUGGGCGAGGAUGUAGUCGUCGACAGGAGAGGCGGGGUGGUUGAAGAUAGCGAGGAGGAUGGAGACGGGGAAGGUGAUGGGGAGGGGGAAAUGGAGGCGGAAGCGGAAGCGGAAGCGGACGAGGGUGAAGCCGAAGGCGAUGUGGAGGGGGACGUAGAGGGGGAUGCGGAAGGAGAAGAAGAUGGUGAGGGAGAGGAUGAAGAGGCUGAGGCCGAGGACGAGGAUGUCGAGAUGGAGUAG